CACGUGCAUCCCACCUCUCUAUCAACACGCAUCGAAAGGGUCAUUGGCAUGAGGGUCGGAUGGGUAUGGUGUGCUCGUCGAGUCGUGCGGCAUAAUGUGAAGGCUCCUCGAAGGCUGCUGUCGACCGCAGUGCCCCAACCAGACCUACUUUCAAAGUCUACGCGAAAUAUUGGCAUCAUCGCUCACAUCGAUGCUGGAAAAACAACCACUACAGAGCGCAUGCUCUAUUACAGUGGAUACACACGAAGAAUUGGAGACGUCGACGAAGGCUCAACGGUGACCGACUUCCUCCCUGCCGAACGGGCGCGCGGCAUCACCAUCCAGUCUGCAGCCAUCACAUUCCACUGGCCUCCGUUACCUCCCAACACUCAAUCGCCACCACAGCCGCCACGACUGCCUGCAACUUUUGAUACCAUAGCUCGAUCUUCUAUUCCGCACAAUGUCAAUCUUAUCGACACGCCUGGUCAUGCAGACUUCACCUUUGAAGUGCUCCGCUCUCUCCGUGUUCUCGAUGGCGCUGUCUGUAUCCUCGAUGGAGUCGCUGGUGUCGAAGCUCAGACAGAAAAGGUCUGGACUCAGGCUGGUCACUACCGCAUCCCCAGAAUCAUCUUCGUGAACAAGCUCGACCGAGUUGGCGCUGCGUUCUCGAGAACGGUGAAAGAGAUUGGCGCCAGGCUGCAUGCAUGGCCGGCCGUGUGCCAAAUUCCAUGGUGGCAGGGCGGCAAUGGAGAUUUCGUCGGUGUUGGUGACGUUGUGAAUCUUCGCGGUAUGCUGUGGCAGGCUGGUGGCGAUGGAAGCCAGAUUCGGGCGUUCGGGCUCGAGGAGCUUGACAAGACUGACAAGAAGUUUGCGGAAGAGAUCAGAAAGGCAAGGGUUGCACUCGUCGAGAUACUGAGCGAGCACGACGAUGUGAUGGUGGAGCACUUCCUCGAGCAGGAUGAAGAUCAUCUGGCUAUCCCUGGCAUCCAGGUCAUGCAGUCACUUCGCCGUGUCGUGCUGCAGGCACCGCAAACCAUCAUCCCCGUCUUCGCAGGUGCCAGCUUUCGUAACGUCGGCGUUCAACCUCUCCUCGAUGCAGUUGUCGACCUCCUCCCAUCACCUCUCGAACGCCCAGAUCCUGAGAUCAGUAUUGCGAACCAGAGCAGCACUCUCUCCGCACUUUUGAGCUCAGCUCCAGCCACCAAAUCAGUAAUUAAGCAACCAAAGAAAGCUGGCCACGAGCUGGCUGUAUCAGAAGUCAAGAACCUGACAGCGUGCGCCCUUGCUUUCAAAGUGGUCAACGAUGCCAAGCGCGGCGUCCUGGUUUAUGUGCGCGUCUACUCGGGCUCCAUUGAUCGUGGAUCUACUCUCUACAACACCAAUCUUGCCGUUGCUGAACGCGCACCGCGCCUCCUCAAGAUGUACGCCAAUGACGCCGUGGAAGUCGACAGCAUUGGAGCUGGCCAGAUUGGCGUGAUUACCGGCCUCAAGCACGCACGAACAGGCGACACCCUCAUCGUAUACAGAGGUCUGCAGAUGAAGGGCACACCUGCUGGUGGUUUGAACACCCUGCAGCUACGACCGAUCAAUGUCCCGCCUCCAGUCUUCUUCACCAGCAUCGAGCCCAACAGUCUGAGUGAGCAGAAGCACGUUCAAGAAAGCUUGGGUAUCCUGCUCCGAGAGGACCCAAGUCUGCAUCUCUCCGUUGACGAGGAAUCAGGCCAGACGCACCUCGCUGGCAUGGGCGAUCUGCAUCUAGAGAUUGCGCGCGACCGCCUGCUCAACGAGUUCAAAGCUAAAGCCCGCAUUGGCAAGAUCGAGAUCGGGUACCGCGAGACCAUCUCCACUGGCACGCCCCCCUACACGUAUGAACUCGACAAGCCCAUCGCAGGAAAACAGGCAAGAGCCGUCAUCACCGCGUCGGUCGAGCCCAUCGACGACAGCACCGUGAUCUCCGCGUCGCAAGAAGAAAUAGAGAUGGAAGGCGGCGCGUUCGAGUCGAUAUUCAAGCUACCGGACAACAACACCCUGCACAUCUCGCACCCCACGCUCUCCCGCCGCGACUCCGCCUCGCACAAGAACUCCAUCCCCCCGCACCUCUCGCUGCCAGGCGUGCUGCACUCCAUCCAAGCUGGCGUCUCGGCCGCCCUCGCCCGCGGUCCCUUCAACGGCUUCCCCGUCGCAAACACAAGCAUCAGCAUCGCCCUCGACGCGCAGACAAACCUCUUCCCCGAAACGACACCGACCGCCAUCUCCCAGGCCGCGCGCGCUGCAGUGUCUCACGGCCUCAGAAGCGCAAGCAGCACUGCGCCUUCGGUGUUGAUGGAGCCCGUGAUGAUGGUGACCAUCUUCGUGCACGAGUCUUCCCUCGGCGCUGUCGUGCAGGACAUCUCCUCCUCGCGCGGCGGCCAAGUGCUUUCCCUCGACGGCGCGGACACACCCACCGACGGCGAUGACGCACCACGUAUCGAUCCGAAUCUGAUCUACACGCCUCCUGACCCUUUUGCGUCGGGCACAGGGGGCAUGCACUCCGGGCUUGCGGACAGUCAGAGACAGAUCGUUGCGCGCGUCCCGCUAAAGGAGAUGGUGGGGUACUUGAACCAUCUGCGCGCGCUGACAGGAGGUAGGGGCACGUUCGUGAUGACUGUGGAUGGGUUUGAGCGCAUGGCUAGUCAGCGGCAGAAGGAAGUUUUGGAUGCGUUGAGGGAGUUUUGAGUGUCAUUAUUUGUAUGAAUAUCGGGUUGUAAGAUAUGAGUGUGUUAUACUAGUAGGGUACGGUGAAAGUAGACUUGAUCUGGGCUGAAGGCUCAUUCACUUCGACGCUUCGACCUCACGUUCUCACGUUCUCUUUUUUUCUAUCAGCACCACCACGCUUAUCUAUACUCUCGACGAUCGCUCACGAUGAAGUACUCUCACACCAUCAUUCUCGUCACGCUCCUCGUCGCCAUCUUCUGCAUUCUCUUCGGCUGGUGCCUCGCCAAGAUGUGCAUGCGCGGCUUCAGUGCUGGGGCCAUGGAAAUGCAAACGCGGCGGGACGUCGAGGCAGCGCAGCCACGC